AAUUUACUCACGUUCGGUGAAGGUAAAACGCAUUUCAAGGGAGUAUAAAAGAUCUCUGUGAUUAAGAGCACGCCAUCAUUCUGCUAACGCAAGCACCACCAUGAAGUUUACAAUCUUAGCUAUCUUGGUUGCUGUGGUCAGCGCUGCCCCACAGUACGGAUACCCCACCCCUGCGCCGCCCACCCCCGCCCCGACACCUGGAUAUACAUACCAGGAGCCCGAACAGACCUACCUGGCGCCCGGCACCCGCGCAGAAGACGGCGCAGAAGACAGUGCAGAAGAGCCAGAAGCGCCCGUGGAAGUAGUGCCGAUUGUGAAGGACGAGCGCGUGACCAACGAAGAUGGAAGCUACACCGUCGAUGUCGAGACUGGCAACGGCAUUAUAGCCUCAGAGGCUGGCACACUGAACAGCGAAGGCGACAUCAUCAUGACUGGGCAGUAUUCCUACACUGCCCCAGACGGUUCGGUGAUCGAGGUCAAGUUCGUCGCCGACGAGAACGGCUUCCAGGCGGAGUCUGACGCCCUGCCUGUGGCUCCCGAAUUCCCUCACGAAAUUCCCGAAUUCGUGCUCAGGCAGAUCGAGUUCGCGGCUGAGGAGGACGCGCGUGCUGCCGCUGAAGCUGAAGCCGCACUGAAAGCUGCUGAAACACCCUCGAACUUGUACGAGCAGCCCCAGUAAAGGCUUCUACGAAAACGCCAUCGCGACUUUGUUUGUACUAGAUAUAUUUACAAAAAAAAAAAAAAGUCUACACAAUACAAUUAGUGCUAGAACUAAUGAUAACUAGGAAAAGAUGAAUAAAAGUAUCUCCAACAGCAGGAAUUAAAACCAAUACAUGUUUA